AUGCUGCCCUCCCUGCCAAUUUCGGCUCUCGGCUUCCUGUUAACUCUGGCCGUGGGCCAGACAUUCCAAUUUCAAGAAUAUGUCUUUCUCCAGUUUCUGGGCUUUGACAAGGUGCCUUCACCCCGAAAGUUCCAACCUGUGCCUUAUAUCUUGAAGAAAAUUUUCCAGGAUCGGGAAGCAGCUACAGCUAGUGGGGUCUCUCAAGAGCUAUGCCACAUAAAGGAGUUGGGUGUCCGUGGGAACCUACUUCGACUUCUCCCAGACCAAGGUUUCUUUCUUUACCCAAAGAAACCUUCCGAAGCUUCCUCUUGCCUGCAAAAGUUCCUCUACUUUAACCUGUCUGCCAUCACAGAAAAGGAACAGUUAACAAUGGCCCAACUGGACUUGAACUUGGGGCCCAAUUCUUACUACAGCCUGGGACCAGAAUUAGAAUUGGCUCUGUUCCUGGUUCAGGAGCCUCAUGUGAGGGGCCGACCCAUCCCUAAGCCAGGUACAGUGUUUGCACUGCAGUCAGUACCGUGGCCUCAAGGUGCCCUUCACUUCAGCCUGCUGGAUGUGGCUAAGGAUUGGAAUAACAACCCCCAGAAGAACUUGGGCUUGUUCCUGGAGAUACUCGUCAAAGAAGACAGAGACUCUGGGGUGAAUUUUCAGCUUGAGGACACCUGUGCCAGACUGAGACAUUCCCUUCAUGUUUCCCUGCUGGUGGUGACCCUCAACCCUGACCAGUGCCACCCUUUUUCUCGAAAAAGGAGGGCAGCCAUCCCUGUCCCCAAGGCUUCCUGCAAGAACCUCUGCCACCGACACCAGCUAUUCAUCAACUUCCAGGACCUGGGUUGGCACAAGUGGAUCAUUGCCCCCAAGGGGUUCAUGGCAAAUUACUGCCACGGAGAUUGUCCUUUCUCACUGACCACCUCUCUCAAUAGCUCCAAUUAUGCAUUCAUGCAAGCACUGAUGAAUGCAGUUGACCCAGAGGUGCCCCAGGCUGUCUGUAUCCCCACCAAGCUGUCCCCCAUUUCCAUGCUGUACCAGGACAAUAAUGACAAUGUCAUUCUACGACAUUAUGAAGACAUGGUAGUUGAUGAAUGUGGGUGUGGAUAG